AUGCCUCCCGUGGAACUUUCGGAAAGAUCGCCAUCGUUGCACCGGGAUCAUCCAAACUUCCGGAGCAUCCAGGCGACGACGCCCAAUUCCUUCAUCUUGAAUGCCUGCAAGGCGAUCCGCUACCGACUCUUACCAGUCAUCAAAGAAUACAGAGCUUGCAAAGCUCGACUGCGCAAUUCGGAAUGGGACUGUCAGCCACCUUGGCACCACCUAUCGCCAGCCAUUAUCAGAGUCACGCAUGCUCCGACCGAGUCACGGAGCAACAUUGGCCAGCCGUGCUGUGCUCGGCUGACGACGGGCGACGUGGGUGCGUUCGGCCUCAAACAGCAUUCGACUCCGAUGCACAGCUUGGUGCUCUGCAUUAUGGUCAGCUCGCACCAAGUGCAAUUCGAGGAGUGA